AUGAAGCUUUGGAUUCAUCUCUUGUAUUCAUCUCUCCUUGCCUGUAUAUCUUCACAGUCCCAAUCACCAAUGUCCUCUGCCUCAGCCAGAGGUUCUUGUGACUCUCUUUGCAAUUGUGAGGAAAAAGACAGCACGAUGCUAAUAAAUUGUGAAGAGAAAGGUAUCAAGAAGUUAUCCCAAAUAAGCGUGCCACCAUCACGACCUUUCCACUUAAGUUUAUUAAAUAAUGGUUUGACAAUGCUUCACACAAAUGACUUUUCUGGGCUUACCAAUGCUAUCUCAAUACACCUUGGAUUUAACAAUAUUGCAGAUAUUGAGACUGGUGCAUUUAAUGGCCUUGGCCAUCUUAAGCAACUUCAUAUCAAUCACAAUUCUUUAGAAAUUCUUAAAGAGGAUACCUUCCAUGGACUGGAAAACCUGGAAUUCCUACAAGCAGAUAACAAUUUUAUUACAGUGAUUGAACCAAGUGCCUUUAGCAAGCUCAACAGACUUAAAGUGUUAAUUUUAAAUGACAAUGCUAUUGAGAGUCUUCCUCCAAACAUAUUUCGAUUUGUUCCUUUAACCCAUCUAGAUCUUCGUGGAAAUCAGUUGCAAACAUUGCCUUAUGUUGGUUUUUUAGAACACAUUGGCAGAAUAUUGGAUCUCCAGUUGGAGGACAAUAAAUGGGCCUGCAAUUGUGACUUAUUACAGCUAAAACUUUGGUUGGAAAACAUGCCCCCUCAGUCUAUAAUUGGUGAUAUUGUGUGCAACAGCCCUCCAUUUUUCAAAGGAAGCAUACUAAGCCGGCUGAAAAAGGAAUCAAUUUGCCCCACUCCACCAGUGUACGAAGAACACGAGGAUCCUUCAGGAUCAUUGCAUCUGGCAGUAACAUCUUCAAUAAGUGAUAGUCGCAUGUCAACCAAGACCAUGUCUCUUUUAAAACCACCCACCAAAGCACCAGGUUUAAUACCUUAUAUUACAAAGCCAUUCACUCAACUUCCAGGACUCUACUGUCCUAUUCCUUGUAACUGCAAAGUACUCUCCCCAUCAGGGCUUCUAAUACACUGUCAAGAGCGCAAUAUUGAAAGCUUAUCAGAUCUAAAACCUCCUCCACAAAAUCCUAGAAAGCUUAUUCUUGCAGGGAAUAUUAUUCACACCUUAAUGAAGUCUGAUCUAGUGGAAUACUUCACUUUGGAAAUGCUUCACUUGGGAAACAAUCGUAUUGAGGUUCUCGAAGAAGGAUCGUUUAUGAAUUUAACAAGAUUACAAAAGCUCUAUCUGAAUGGUAACCAUCUGACUAAGUUAAGUGGAGGUAUGUUCCUUGGUCUCCACAAUCUUGAGUACUUAUAUCUUGAAUACAAUGGCGUUAAGGAAAUAUUACCUGGUAGCUUCAAUCCAAUGCCCAAACUUAAAGUCCUCUAUUUAAACAACAACCUCCUGCAAGUUUUACCACCACAUAUUUUUUCAGGGGUUCCUCUAAUGAGGGUAAACCUUAAAACAAACCAAUUUACCCAUCUACCUGUAAGUAAUAUCUUGGAUGACCUUGAUUUACUGACCCAGAUUGACCUUGAGGACAACCCCUGGGAUUGUUCCUGUGACCUGGUUGGAUUGCAGCAAUGGAUACAAAAAUUAAGUAAGAACACAGUGACAGAUGAAAUACUCUGCACCUCUCCGGAGCACCUAGACAAAAAGGAAUUGAAAGCACUCAACAGUGAACUUCUUUGCCCAGGUUUGGUCAAUAACCCAUCCCUGCCAACUCAGACUAGUUACGUAAUAGUCAAUACUCCUACAACCACAACUACAGCGGACACUAUUUUUAAAUCACUUACCGAUGCUGUACCACUAUCUGUUUUAAUACUAGGACUGCUGAUUGUAUUCAUAACUAUCGUAUUCUGUGCUGCAGGGAUAGUGGUUCUUGUUCUUCACCGUAGGAGAAGAUACAAAAAGAAACAAGCUGAUGAACAGAUGAGAGACAACAGUCCUGUGCAUCUCCAAUAUAGCAUGUACGGCCAUAAAACAACUCACCACACUACUGAAAGACCCACAGCAUCACUCUAUGAGCAGCACAUGGUAAGCCCCGUGGUUCAUGUCUAUAGAAGCCCAUCCUUUGGCUCGAAGCAUCUGGAAGAAGAAGAAGAAAGGAAUGAGAAAGAGGGAAGUGAUACAAAACAUCUCCAAAGAAGUCUCUUAGAACGAGAAAAUCAUUCCCCACUCACAGGAUCAAACAUGAAGUACAAAGUCACAGACCAAUCCACUGAAUUUUUAUCCUUCCAGGAUGCCAGUUCAUUAUAUAGGAACAUUUUUGAGAAAGAAAGAGAACUUCAGCAACUGGGAAUCACAGAAUACCUAAGGAAAAACAUUGCUCAACUUCAGCCUGAUAUGGAGGUACAUUAUCCAGGAGCCCAUGAAGAGUUAAAGUUGAUGGAGACAUUAAUGUACUCAAGGCCAAGGAAGGUAUUAGUGGAACAGACUAAAAAUGAGUAUUUUGAGCUGAAAGCUAACUUACAUGCUGAACCUGACUACUUAGAAGUCCUGGAGCAACAAACAUAGAGAGUUUGAAAGCUUUUGCAAAAACGCUGUGAUUCUGUCUUAAGUCCAGACCUUGUAAAUAAGUGCCUUAUAUGAGUGUAUCAUCAAUCAGAACUUAAGCACAGUAGUAAUCCUAUGGGAAAAAAAGAAGAAAAAGAAACUCAGGGAUCACUGGG